ACUCAAUGAGUCCAAAACCCAAACAUACCCAUUUCUGUUUUACAUGGACUCUUCUUGAACUCAGACUCAGAGAUUGGGGCUUUAGCUUGAGAAAUUCAUUUUAAAAAUAAAAAUAAAAAUAAAAAUGAGGGAUUGUAUUACGUGGGUCUUUGUGGUUGCUCUCUUUCACGGUUGUGUGUGGAGGAUUGCCGGUGUUGAGGGGCUUGGUCACAGUGUACGUACAGAGAGAAUUUCAGGAAGUGCCGGUGAUGUCUUGGAAGAUGAUCCAGUGGGAAGGUUGAAAGUUUUUUUAUAUGAGCUUCCAAGCAAAUACAACAAGAAGAUCUUGCAGAAGGACCCCAGAUGUCUCACCCAUAUGUUUGCUGCCGAGAUCUUCAUGCAUCAUUUCCUUUUGUCCAGCCCAGUUCGAACCCUCAAUCCCGAGGAAGCAGAUUGGUUUUAUACCCCUGUAUACACCACUUGUGAUCUCACCCCCAAGGGUUUGCCACUGCCAUUCAAAUCUCCGCGAAUGAUGAGAAGUGCAAUACAACUCAUCUCCACAAACUGGCCUUACUGGAAUCGAACAGAAGGUGCCGAUCACUUCUUUGUUGUACCCCACGACUUUGGCGCCUGCUUUCAUUAUCAAGAAGAGAAAGCGAUUGAACGGGGAAUUCUUCCAUUACUUCAGCGUGCUACCUUGGUUCAGACUUUCGGACAGCGUAACCAUGUGUGUUUGAAUGAGGGUUCUAUCACAAUUCCUCCCUAUGCGCCUCCACAGAAAAUUCUGGCCCACCUGAUUCCCCCCGACACUCCUCGGUCCAUCUUUGUCUACUUUCGUGGUUUGUUUUAUGAUGUAAAUAAUGAUCCAGAAGGGGGUUAUUAUGCAAGAGGUGCAAGGGCAACAGUUUGGGAGAAUUUUAAGAACAAUCCACUCUUUGACAUUUCCACUGAACACCCAACUACAUACUAUGAAGACAUGCAGCGUGCUGUUUUCUGUUUGUGCCCGCUGGGGUGGGCUCCGUGGAGUCCUAGACUAGUUGAAGGGGUGAUAUUUGGCUGCAUUCCAGUUAUCAUAGCAGAUGACAUUGUUUUACCUUUUGCGGAUGCCAUUCCAUGGGAGGAAAUAGGAGUGUUUGUAGCAGAGAAAGAUGUCCCACAUUUGGAUACAAUCCUUACAUCAAUACCAACAGAAGUAAUUCUAAGGAAACAGAGGUUGCUUGCGAAUCCUUCGAUGAAACAGGCGAUGUUGUUCCCUCAACCUGCCCAACCAGGAGAUGCUUUCCAUCAGAUUCUAAAUGGACUAGCUCGGAAAUUGCCACAUGAUGAGAAUGUUUAUUUGAAGCCCGGUGACAAAAUCUUGAAUUGGACUGUGGGACCAAUGAAGGACCUCAAGCCUUGGUAAGUGAUGCUUGACUAUGCAAUUCUUGGAACAUAAGGCAAAGUGGUAUUAGUAGGAAUGAAACAACACAUGGUGCUCAGAAUUAUGAUUGAAAACUUAGUGGAGGACAUGAUCCAUCGCUUCUCCAUAAAACCCAUCGGAUUUCGAGUGAAUUUCAUUGUUUGAGGGCUUCAAUUUCGCAUUUUGCUAAAGUUUUCAUCAAUUAAUUAUUUGGUGUAUGUGAAUUCUGUAUUAUUUUUGGAAAAUUUUCUUUCAUUAAAACUAAAUUUGAGCAUGACUCAAAUUUGGCUCUUUGGUUCUUAUUAU